AUGGAAAGUUUGAAGGGAAUUGUUACUGCCUCUUCAUCAGACUCUGCACUGAGCCAGUCAACGUCUGCAACUUUAAACCAUGGAAGACCUGCUUCAAGAUUGUCCGGACCACCUCUCAAAAUACCCAAACCCAUGCCAACCUCUUCUGAAACUGCACCCAUUGCCAAGGACAAGAUGAAGGAGGAGGUAGCCCCUACAAAGCCUGAAAAAGAUUCCAAUGUGAUUCUGGAGACUCAGGAACUGCAAGUCACUAUCAAGCUGGAGAAGAAGAAAAAGAAGAAACUUAAAAAUAAGAACCUCCCUGCCUCUGAAACGUCUAGCGCUACACAACUUUCCAAUCAUCUGAUUCCAGCUGACAAAAACUUUGAUAUGAAUCCAGUUGUUACUACUGCACACCUGCAGACAGCUCAGGCUGCACCGCCUGUAAAAACAAAAAAACGUAAAUCUUCUGAUAAGGUGUCAAAAUUAGAUCCCCGAACCAAAAAGAAAAUGACUGAGGCCAGUCCGCUGAAAAAGAACAAACGCCCUUUAAAAGACAAGGACAAUGAUGACUUUAUGGACAUGUCACCUGAAAAAAAAUUGGCCCUAGCCAGACAAAUUAAUUCUAAUCUUUUUGAAAAACUUAAUAAGGGUGAUGACGUUAAUAAGGUUUCAGCAUCUGCAACAGUUAUUUGUGCAGGUGAGAGUUUAAAGGUGGCAGAUGGGAGUAACAACAAUUGUGCCGAUGGUGGUGAUGAAGUAAGUACGAAGGAUGAAACUCCAAAGAUGUCUGAAGAUCUUAGGAAACUGUUCGGCACAGAAGAUAAGGACCUGCGCUUACGACCUCCACCCCAGCCGCCCAUGAUGCUUCUGUCUCCUACAAUUCCCUGCACCCAAGCAUCGGGUUGGGCAGACUUCAAGGCCAGUCACCCCACUGAUUUUCCUCAGGUCAAGUCCUCACCCCUAGCUAAUAGUCUCUCGCAAAAUAAUCGACAGUUCUUCACAAACAACCGCGACCCGAGGAAAAAUUUACUAAACAGGAAGAAGGCCCUUCUACCUACCCCGGAUGUCCUGGAAAGCAACAGCAACGACAGCCAACCUGGCACCAUCAUGCCACUCGAAAGUUUUGAACUGUUGAACGUCAUGAAGAGGGACAUUGCCAUGGAAGCAGAGAGGUUGAGAAAGAUUUCUUGUGACACUAGCAACAGCACCCCUGUUGUUUCCGCUUCACCUGCUCUCUCUUCCGUGGCUCCUGUUCCUGACAGGGGGCAGCCAGGAUUCAAAAAAGGGAGCAGUUUCAUGAAUGAUCCUGCCAACUUUGCCGCUCCAUCUUCAUGGAGGAGAGGCUCUCCAGAUACCAUGAUGACCAACAACAAAAACAUCAUCAACAGCGACAACAUCAACAACAAUAACAACGUCAACAUCAACAAACCAGUCUCGGGUAACGCAUUCAAGUCCUUUACAAGAACAUUACUUCCAGCUCCUCCGAAGCUCAACCCACUCAACCGAUACAACAGACCUUUCGAGAACGAAGAUGCGUUCUCGUACAACGCUGAUGGCUGUUUACAGCAAAAUAAAUAUUCUGAUAGGGAAAUCCUCGACUACAAUCACUUUGGGCCUCAACGUGAGCCACAUUACGUUGAGCAGCAGCCGCAACAUGUUGACAGACAGCCACAACAACGACAGAUGAAACCUCAGCUCAAGGUUCAGCCAGUGCCUCAACAGAAAACUCUGCAACAGCAUCAUCAAGUGUUUGAUCAUCACCACAAGCACCACCUCUUAGCUGGUGAGUAUAGCAAAGCAGAAGAUGAAAGGAAUCAACAGCAGCCACAGCAGCAGCAGAAGCAUCAACAAACGCAGCUAACUACCACUCUAACUUCCAAACCUCUACUGCCAGCACCGUUGUUAAACCUCUUGAACAUUCCUCCAAACAGACAUUCUCCGCCAUCAACAUUAUACUCAAAUCCAGCUGACCUGCCCACACCAUCAUCUGCUGUUCGAAAUUCAAAUUCUCCUAACCAAUCAAAUUUUGCGAGAAAUACAAACUCUCCAAUCAUCCAAUCAUCUUUAACCAAGCAACCGACUGCCAACGAAUCGUCCUCCAUUGAUGUCCAAUCUUUGCUUUCUAAGCUGUUAGCUAGUGGCAUUAUUGGAACAUCGAGACCUACACAGAAUUCAAUUGACGACACCAGUAACAACAAUAAUGACAACAACAGUAAUAAUAAUAAUAAUAACAUCAUCAUCAGUAAUACUACUACUACUAAUAAUAAUAAUAAUGAUGAUGAUGAUGGUGGUGAUGAUGGUAAUGACAGCACGAAAAAGAAGACUGCUAAUACGACGGUACCAUCAGUUUUCCCCGCCAUUAAGAAGACUCAAACGGUGGUGGCAGAUGAUGUUGAUAAGGUAGAACCAACUCCAGACCUUACAGAUUUCAAGAUCGAGUCUUUGAAAGGGAAGUACAAAGAGGUGGUCAGUUCCUUAUACACUGGACUGCAGUGUUCUUCUUGUGCAAUUAGAUUCCCCACGACGUCCUCAUCUACGUCAUCGUCAGCACAGUUAUCAACUGCAGAAGCUAAGAAAAGGUAUAAUUCUCACCUUGAUUGGCACUUCAACAUGAACAAGAUAGAGAAGACGGGCUCCAAAUCUCUCAAGUAUAGGUCCUGGUAUCCUGAUUUAAUGGAAUGGAUCCAGUUGAACGACAACAACAUCGUCACAAGUGACUAUAAACCAACAGACACAAACACAAACAACAGCACAGCGGCGACAACAUCAUUAACAAAUGCACCAUCAUCUGAAGCAUCUAAGCCACAAGAGUCCAAAUCAUUAUCUGUGGUUAUCGGUGCCACUGCUUCCGACUCUGCAGCAGCUGCAAACGCCGACUGCAUCACGAGCCCUGUCGUAUCCGAUGACCACCCAGCUAACAAUAAAUGUUUUGUCUGCCACGAGACAUUCGAUCGGGUCUGGAACGACGACAGAGAGGCAUGGUGCCUGAAGGAGGCCCUCACCAAACACGACAAACUCUUCCAUCCUCUCUGCCUGAUAGACUUCAAAGAGGACGCACUGACGGGUGAACGCGCUCCUAAUCUCAUCGACCAUCAGCAAUCAACUGACGAAUCGAUCGUCAACGAUAACGAAAACAAUUGUGAUAAUAAUAAUGAUGAUGAUGAUGAUGAUGAUAACAAAGAUAACGACAUCAAUAUGGAUGAUGAUAAGUUAGAGAGCAAUGAUGAUGUUGACAAUGAUAGAGGUGCUAUAAAUAUUAAAAGUGAAGCUGCUAUAAAAGUUGAAUGCCACAAAGAUGAUGAGAAGAAUGAUCUCUACACCACUAACAACAACAACGACGACGACGAUGAUGGUGCUGGUGAGGGUAACAUCGAUAAUGAUGACCGCGAAUUGAAAUCAGAGUUUCUAGUAAAACAGGAAGGAGAUAAUUUAGCUGGAGAUGGCGAUGAUAUUGCUACUGCUGCAGCUGCUGAUGAUGACAAUAAUAAUGAUGAUGAUGAGAACCGCAGUCACCAUGAUGAGGACGAACCUAUGGACCAUGAUGAAACAGCAACGAUGACGAUGUGA